AUGGCAGUGGAAUGGGAAAGUCCUGGAAGAGUAAUCGUCAGCACAAAUAAGAUUUUAGAUUUGAUCCCAAGUUCUUUUAUGUAUACAGAUUACAUGGGCAAUUUCUACAGAUUACUUAUCCGCGAUGACGGUUGUGCCCAGUACUGGAGGCUCUACGGUAUAUACGUACAUCAUCUAAUUCAUCAAGAUAUCGGAUCCGGUUAUCCAUUGAAUAGGCUUUCCAUGUUGGAUCCGAGGAAGAAGGGCUGCAUGAUGGAAAAGAAGAUUCAUUUUUCUAGCUGGGCAUCCAAUAAGGUCCGCUACAUGUAG